AUGAAAUCCAACCACCACCGUGCUCCGCUGAUCUCCUCCGCAUCUUCCUCUUCUUCUUCUACCUCGAGCAAUUCUUUUGUUUCUCGGCUCCUUCUUCUCCUGACUCUCCUACCUGUUUCUCUCGCCUGUCUCGCCUUCGUCCUCCAAUGGCGCGGCGGAGGUCUCGCCACCUCGUCCGGUGAUCUCGGAUCCUCCACUUGGGCUCCUCGUGGAUCGGAUCUCAACCACGAGGUGUUUCCAGGCAUGGAGACGGUUUCCUCUGUCUCUCCCAAGGUUCAUCACUCGUCCUCCGAUUGCUCGAAUCUCGCUCAUAGUUCUUCCCCUUCGUUCCCUUACUACGGAGACUGGAAGUUCGGUGCUGAUGCCAAUUUUAAGCCUAAGAUUUGUAUCACGACAAGCACAUCCGCGGGUUUGGAUCAGAUUCUGCCAUGGAUGUUCUAUCAUAAGGUUUUAGGAGUCUCAACAUUUUACCUUUUCGUAGAAGGGAGAGCUGCUACUCCAAGCGUGUCCAGAGUUUUGGAGUCUAUUACUGGAGUUAAGGUAAUAUACAGGACUAAAGAGCUGGAGGAGAAGCAGGCUAAGAGCCGGAUUUGGAAUGAGACAUGGUUAUCGUCUUUCUUCUACAAGCCAUGCAAUUACGAAUUAUUCGUCAAGCAAUCUCUCAACAUGGAAAUGGCUAUUGUCAUGGCAAGGGAAGCUGGCAUGGAAUGGAUACUUCAUCUUGACACUGAUGAGUUGAUAUACCCAGCAGGUGCUCGUGAGUACUCAUUGAGGCAGUUACUGCUUGAUGUCCCUCCAAAUGUGGAUAUGGUUAUAUUUCCAAAUUAUGAAAGCAGCGUUGAAAGAGAUGACGUCAAGGAUCCUUUUACAGAGGUGUCAAUGUUCAAGAAGAAUUAUGAUCAUCUUCCAAAAGAUACGUACUUUGGCAUGUACAAGGAAGCGACACGUGGCAAUCCGAACUACUUCUUGACUUAUGGAAAUGGAAAAUCAGUUGCUCGGAUUCAAGAGCACCUCCGACCAAAUGGUGCACACAGAUGGCAUAAUUACAUGAAAACUCCCAAUGAAAUUAAAUUGGAGGAGGCUGCUGUGUUACACUACACCUAUGCGAAAUUUUCGGAUUUGACUUCCAGACGGGACCGUUGUGGCUGCAAACCAACAAAAGAAGAUGUGAAAAGAUGCUUUAUGUUGGAAUUUGAUAGAUCCGCAUUCAUAAUUGCCUCAACAACAACAGAAGAAGAAAUGUUAAACUGGUACCAUGAACAUGUUGUCUGGGGCGACAAAGAGCUAAAGCUGAAACUCCUGAGGAAGGGUAUUCUGACACGAAUUUAUGCUCCAAUGGUUAUAAUACAAGCGUUGAAAGAGUCUGGUGUCUUCAGCUCAGUUAUCUCAUCAGCUCCUUCAGAAAAUUCGAAGAACAAGCUCUUAUCAUCAAUUCACAACAGCAACUCAUCCAAAACUGCAUCUCAGUCUGUUCCAUCUGGACAUCUCGAGAAGAACAGAGAGAAUCAGCAUGUCUCCGCCAGGCGAAUUCUCGGUGCUGAAUCAGACAACACACACGAACCAGCUGUGCCGCCUCUAUCACCCCCCGGGAUGGAAGGCUCUGCAUUCAUCACCGAGGAUUAACGGGUUUCUGGCCACUGAAACCAUCACUUCUCUUUCUCAUCAGCUUUGGAUAUCGAAUCCAACCUUGGCAUUUUUCAAGAUAUGGGACAGUGAAGAGAGAGUGUGAGAAAAGGGUUUCUUGUGAUUCUUCCCGAUCCUAAUCCAAGCGCUGCAACGUAUAGUUGGAACUGAGAUUGAGAGAGAAAUUUUGGUUUUCACAAAUCUCCUCGGCCGUGCAGCUUUGAUGGAUGAGUUGCAGCAUUAAUUUUCACAUUGUUUCUCUAUGUAAUUCUUGUGUACAGAGUGUGCACCUCCAUUGGUGAUUAGACUCAUCACUGCAUUAAUUCUAUUCCCAUUAUUUUCUGAUCUUA